UUUGUGUCCGAGGAUGUUAUUCUCUUGAACUAAACAUUUCACAGGAGACUAUUUAUUUCGUUUAGACUGCACCAAAGUAGAUGAAUUGAAUGAGACAUGUGAAUGUGUGAUGUGUUCUGAAAUAGAGCUGUGAUAUUUUUUUUUUCGGAAGCUGAAAAGUAGAGCAAUGUGAUAUUCCAUCGGAGUACGUGUCUGGCAGUAAGAGAUUAAACUCGAGAUAUCAUGCUUUUCAUGGGAUUGGGCCAGUAGACAUCGCAUAAAGACUUGUAGACUCGAGAUGAACUUCUGAUCACAUCGGCCUAAUAAUUCCGAUUCAAACGUUUGUACACCAUCUUUUGAUCACGUCGGCCAGGAGAAUAAUGGAUAUUCCAAAGGUUUUCAAUGACCCCAUUCAUAGCAGUGUUCAGAUGCCGAAGCAUUGCCAGAUAAUCAUCGAUACACCAGAGUUUCAGAGACUACGAUUCAUCAAGCAGCUUGGCUGUACCUGCUAUGUGUUCCCAAGCGCCGUCCAUACAAGAUUUGAACACUCAAUAGGUGUCAGCUACUUGGCGGGCAAACUUGCCUCAAUGCUCCGACAGAAUGAUAGUAAGAGCAUUCAGGAGGUUGAGGUAACUUGUGUUGAGAUCGCCGGUCUCUGCCAUGACCUCGGACACGGUCCCUUCUCCCAUGACUUUCAAGACAUCGUACCACCAGACAAGGAUGGCAACAAAUGGAAUCAUGAGGAGCAGUCGGUCUUCAUGCUCAAAUAUCUCAUCAAGCAAAACAGCCUGGAGAAGAAGCUCGAAGAACACAAUAUCUACACCGAAGAUAUCAAGUUCAUCUGUAAGCUUAUUCUGGGUGUCAAAAAGGAUGAAAAAAUGCUUCGUGAGAACAAGUUGUAUCUGUAUCAGAUAGUGAACAACUUUGUAAACGGGGUGGACGUGGACAAAUGGGACUAUUGUGCCCGGGAUACACACUACCUAGGCAUGAAGUCUGCAUUCGACUUCAACCGUAUUCUGCCCUUCGUGAAGGUUCUCGAUGUGAAGCGAGGCGAUCACACAAGGAAGGAACUCUGCUUUAGAGACAAGGUAGCAAGGGAUCUGAACAUCAUGUUUCUCACAAGACGCCGUCUUCAUUACACAUCUUACCAGCAUAGGGUCACCAAGGUCAUCGCCAUCAUGCUGCAGGAAGCUUUCCAAGAAGCAGCUGAUCAUCUCAUAUUCGUAGGUGAAGGCGGAAAGAAGUACAACCUAUUGGAGUCUGUGAAGGACCCCAAGGCCUUCUGUCAAGUAGAUGACACCAUCCUCAACGAGAUCAAACGAUCACGAUCACAAGAACCAGGAAUGGUGAGGGCACGGGAGAUCAUAGAACGGAUACACAAGAGAGAACUCUACCAGUGCCUUGCAAUAUGCGAGCAUGCCAACGAAAAGUUAAAGAUGGAUGCAGUGGAUCCAGAUGAGAUUAAGAGAUUGAUCGUAAAGGAUGAUGACGACCUUCCAUCACGGUUGCCCAUCUCUUCGAGAAAGAUAUUCCAAGCUGACAAUAUCGUAGUCCAGGUAUCACGCUUCGACUACGGAAGUGGAGACAGGAACCCUCUCCUCGAUAUCCCGUUCUACAAGAAACCAAUUGAUGGUAAACUUGAUGCCAAACUCCUCAAAGAGGACGAGCUCCCAGCCGACAAGGUAGACGUCACCUUACGCAUCUACACCAAGGUACCAAAAUUGGAUCAAGAGACCAUCACGUGGGCCAAGGUCAUAUGCCAGACCAAGCUUGAAGAGAUGUAUAGGAGGCCACGCUCCCCCCAAACAACACCCGCGAAGCAGAAGAUCGAGAACCAACUAAGUGGACCAAGGCCUCCUAGCACGCCCGGUUUAGAUUCAAAUGGCAGUACUGAUGUGUCCGCAGGGUAUCAGGAUCUGAUGUCGACACCUCCUGAUGCUGCUGUUGGCGGUAGGCCUACGAGGCUGGCUGAGUCGCAAUCUCCUGAACCAGAGGAUAAAGCCACACCAGACUCCGCAAAGCGCCAGCUCAAUUUCGGAACAGCACCCUGAAAGAAUAUCGAAGUCAAGAGUAGUUUUGAUACCCUUGACAGGGAUUUUACCUUUACUUUUUAUCCUAAAAGGAAAAGGAUUUCCACGAGAGUUUAAAAUCUUAUCGGACCCUCCGCAGCUCUGCUCCCGACCGGGGCUAUCGGAUUAUUUCACGUAUGUUCUUAUCAACUUUGAAUUCGAUACCCCUUUUUCCGAUUUCUAUUAAUAUUGAAACCCUUAAAUAUUGGCGUACACUACACGAUCUGACUACGAUCCUAUCUUGAAAGAGUUUGUAAUAACAUUUUAUUAUGCCGAUUCAAACAAGUACAAUCUUAGUGACCGAGAAUCUGAAUAAUCGGCUCAGAAUCGUUGUGACGUCAGACUAACAGAAGAAGAAAAUGAUUUUCAAAGUGUCUUUUUAAUGAAAUAUAAUAAACAUAGGGUCUGAUCAUGCAGUAAGCUAGUAUUAGUAUUAAAUUUUUGGAAAAAUUUAGAAUAGCAUUCUCGAUUAAUACUUGCCAUGAGUAAAGAGAUUGUGAUUGUUAUUUGGCAAUCUUGUUAGGUAUAUCCUGGCAUUUUCCUUAGUAUAUUUCUGAAUAAUAAAUUCUAUUCCACUAACUCAAGAUUGGGCAGAUCUACGGACAGGAGAGCUACGAAGGAAGACGAAAUUAAUUUUUUUCUACGAGAAGUUGACAAAUUGAGCUGUCAUGGUAAAAUUUAAACGGUUUGAUUAUUUACGCUAAUCAUUUCCCCAAGCGUAGAUAUGAAUUGUAAAAAAGAGGUAAAUUGAGUUAAUUGGCAAAUGGUUAUCUUGUAGAAGAAGAACUGAAGAAGGAAAAAAAGGAUUGGAAGAAGAGACAGAUGAAAAUGAGUUUUAAAGUGUCUUUGAAGUAAAAUGUUGUAAUGAAGUUAAGGAUAUAAUCAUGCAGUUUACUAGUACUGCAACGACAUUUUUGGGAAAAUAUAAUAUGAUAUUUUUGUCACGUUUGAGGCACAAUGAAAAAAUUAACAUUUUGCUCAUGUUUUAAAAAAUUUAAAUUUUAAUUGAAUGAAUGUAUCUACGAGAGAACGCCUGUCUUAUAUUGCGCCUCUUUAUAAUUUGAUCAUUACCAGGCUUGCAACUGAGAACUUGCAGUUGUCUGUUAACAACAAAAAUAUUUCAGUUUUGUAAAUACAUGAUACUUUGCUCAGUUUAGGUGGUUAUCAGAUAUCUUUCUUAUACAUGUACUUUGAUAUUAAUACUUUAUCAGCUUUAUGUUAGCCAACAUCUGUAGGCAGAAUAUGAAGCAGGAACCUGCCCUCAUUUCAGUAAUAAUUUCUAAACUCACCAUAUUACAUACAAUUUGACUGGUUUUGUUGAUUGAAUGUGUGUAAAUAAUGAAAUCAUUGCCUAGAAAUGUAAGAUAUAAUUAUUCUGUCUUGAUUCGUUUGGUUGUUUCUAAUAUCUGACUUCUAAUAAAUAUUUACAGUUAUAUAGGGCGUAGGCGUACCUUCAUAUCCGAUAUUUGUUAUUUCAAAUAAGUGUGUAACACAAAUUAUUGUUAGAUGUGAAAAUUAUGAAAUAGUAGUAUUUGCAAUUUUUAGGAAUUCUUCCUUGAUUAUCCUUUUCCUAAUACCAUGGUGGUUGGUUUUUUGUUACACUUCUAAAAUCUAUAUAAAAUAUAUUCUGUAAUGAUGGUUGCGUAAAUAUUGAUAGUGAUAAUGAUCGCCUUUUGUUAGUAAUAAUCUGUUUUGUGUAGCUGGGUUUUAAUUUCUUUCUUAAUGGCAAUUUACUUCAUUUAUACAUUAUUGUGGUUGGUUUUGUUAUAUCUUUCAUUUCAUUUAU